AAUGUUUCAUUUAUUUCAACGUUAAUUGUUCUUUCAUGUUACAACAUGACAUUCUUCUUUCGUUAAGUAAAUUGUUGUCGUGUUAAAAAAAAUUAACCGAAUACCCCUAGCAACAAUGUAACCAAGCUCAACUGAAAGUAGUUCAAACGGGAAUUUCUGUUUAUAACACUCACAGGAGGGGUUGGCAGUAUUCAGAGAUAAAUAUAAUAAAGGUAAUGGAAGUUGGAGUCAAGAUCAUAAUUAAAGUCGGUCUCAAUAUGGCUUGCCCAGGUUCUGGAAGUGUGGUUGACUUUUGUGAAGCAGGUAGAGAUUUAUGGAAUGGCGACUACACCAGUGCUUGUCUAAAUGUUGGCACUGGUGUAUACGAUUUAUGUACGCUAGGUUUAUUCAGUGCAGCAAAGGAAGUGGCAAAGGAUUCUGCAAAACAGGCUUCUAUUGGUAUUGCUAAGCAAGCAGGUAAAGCAUCGGCAGAUCGCAAAGCAAAAAAAGAGAUCGGGUCAAUAUUAGCUAAAGAACUGGCACGUGGGUUGACAGAUGAUGCUACAGAGGAAGCCUUCAAGCAAUCAUCCAGUAAGAUUUUUACUUCUCCUUUCGGAACCGCUGCGGCAACUGCAGCAAAAUCGGCUGCAAAUGAUUAUUAUCGAGAAGCAUUUGAGAGGGAUCUCGCUUUCAACGGCCUGAAGAGAAUUGUGAACCAUUGCUCUUCAAAAAGGGAGUUGUAAAAGCCAUAUAAGCCGAGCGCUUGUCUAGUGAAGUUAAAUGUGUAAAUCCAUUAGAAAGUUGACAAAAUAGCCAUUUAAACGUGUUUUGUUUGCACAAACUACUAACAGUCGCUGAUAUCAUUCAACAUGUUGAUAUGUCACAUGAGUGGAUUGGCAAAAUCCCGGGAUCCGGUACACCCGGGUCUGUGGUCGUAUUUUAAAGUAAGUUUAUAUUCAGGCUGGUAAUAUUAGAAGUGCACUGGUAAUAUUAGAAGUGCAAUCUAAAUAUUUAGAUUUUCAAAAUUAACUAACUAGUAUUUGAGGUUUAAGCCAAUCAACUCUACUUUCUGUAUCAAAGCAUAGAAUCAUGAGUUAAUUUUUCUUUCAACUCAAAAUGUAUAUUUUGCCAACAAAUUAGAUUUAAGUUACGCAAACACAGAAAACAUAAUUUACCAUCAACGACAAUUUAAUUCACACGUGUGGCCAUAUCAAGAUCGGUUAGCGCUAAGUAAAUGUCGCCUAAUCAAAAAUAUUAUAGUGGAUUGGUCUAUAUUGGGCAUAUUUUCUAUAAUAAUUUCACACAUUGAUAAAAAAUAAAAUGCAUAGAUUUGUUAUUCCUGUCAAAUGUUCCAUAAAAGAAAUAAUUUAUAAAAGUGAUCGGUGAUUAAGUAAGAACCUAUGAUAGAUAAUAUUAUAUUGUUUUAGAACAUUUUAUUAUUAUUAUGCUACAUAAAUAUGGGUUAUAUCAUAUCAUGUAUCUCUAACUUGCUGACAAAAUAGCCAUUUAAACGUGUAUUGUUGGCACAAACUACUAACAGUCGCUGAUAUUAUUAUAUAAGUUUUUAGUUAUUUGCUGUUAUGUCUAAUACUUGAGUCUAUCAACGUUAUUACUUAUUGUUUUACAGACAUUUCCUUAUAGAUUAAUUCACUUUAAAUAGUUUCUUCAACCGUUAGCCUGCCAGUGGCAAAUGUUUCUACCAAUCGGACUAAAAUCAGCCAGCACAGCUUCAUGGUCGCCCUUGUUCACUUUAUUGUCCAUACUUCUUUUUAGUUAUCUCGAACAAGUAUGAGUGGUUAACUCCAGAGUCAGGGAUUAACAUAUCCAUGUACAAAUUUAUGGGAGUAAUGGUCAAAGUUAAAAUUGUGAGAAAAGUUUACAGAAGCCACCUAUGCAAUGUUGUCUAUUUAGGCAGUAUGCAUGGUAAGUCCAGGUCUGGUAUUUUAGUAAUUUUCAAUUGAUAUAUCUGUCAUUAAUAUAGGUUGCGGUAUGUUACAUUAUGUCGCAUUUGUCAAAACUGGAGGAUGAAUUUCACUUGUUGUUUGAAUGUAAAUUGUAUAAUUCUAUUAGGAAACGAUAUAUCAAUCAAUAUUACGUAAUAAAUCCAAAGAUGUAUAAAACUGCAGAACUGUUUAACUCUCCUUCAGUACAAUUUGUAAGUAAUUUAGCAAGGUUUAUCUAUAAAGUCGUUGAGAUUCGAAAAUAAUCUACAAAACAAAACAAUCUUAGAGAGUAAUAAAUAAAUAUAUGCCGUAAAACUUAAAAGUUCAUUUUUGUGAAUUUUCAUAAUUAUGUUCCUCGGUACAUGCAUAUAUAGAAUCAUUUUCCUAUUUUCCAAACUUUAUUUGAUACCAUUUAAAUGUAUUAUGUUCACUAUUUUCUUGUUUUCUUCUUUUUUAAUUUUAUUUCACCUACGUUCUUGUUAAAAUUAAAAGAAUUUUUAAUUUGUGUUACAAAUUUAUCAUAGCGAAAACUAAAAGUAAACAUAACUUGAUAAUUGUUUACACAAUAUUUGGCAUGUUUAUUUCCCUUGUGUACAUCAUACAAUGGUGACUAUAACCGUCUUGUACUUUCGCUAUUGAUACAAGGCAAUUUGUCAAAUACUGAAAAGAAUAUUUGUAUGUGUAUCAAAAUCUGACACAUUUAUAUCUGACAUAACUGACAAUUUCAAGAACUGUCAUGAUUUGGGAUUUGAGUAGUAGCAAUAAAGGUUUUGUAAUUUCAUUUUCGAUACAAGACAUUAUGUUACAUUAUGUUUAUGUACACAUUCGUAUGAAGUUAGCAAUAAUAAUCAUUAUAAAUAUUUAUAUAAGAACAUAAUUAUAAUAAUAAUUAUACAAGUAGACACUUAUGUAUAGUAGCAAGAACACAAACGGAGCAACAUAAUAAGCCAAAUGAUCAAAGAAAUAUACAUGUAUGAAAAUAUACAGUAGAAUUUUUGUUAUAAAUUAAAAUGUAGCUGAUAUCAUACAGUUCUGAUAAUAUAAUUAUGUUACAACAUGUUGAAAGUGAGUAAUUUUAUUAGUCAAUGUCAGUCAUUGUAAUAUAUUGUAUGGCAAUGUAUUGUAUGCUGUAUUGUAUUGUAUGUCGUAUUGUAUUACUCAAGAUGUUGUUUCAUAUAUUUUGUGUGGUUCAAGGGCUUAUUAGUUUAUACCAGACUGUUGUUUAUAUGUGGAUUUUGAAAUAAAGAUUUUUUUCUUCUA